GAGUGCGCGGCGGGCGGCGGCGGCCGGGGAGGCCCGGGAGGCCGCGGCGCGGUCACUGCGAGCCGAGCCCAGCCGCGCCGAUCGCCCUCCGGCCCCGGCUCUAGCGCGCGAUCCCGGCCGGCGUCGCGGCCCGGCGGGCCCGGCGGCGCCGCAGCCCAUGGAGCUCGAGAACAUCGUAGCGAACACCGUGCUCCUCAAGGCCCGGGAAGGUGGUGGAGGGAAUCGCAAAGGCAAAAGCAAGAAAUGGCGGCAGAUGCUCCAAUUUCCCCACAUCAGCCAGUGUGAAGAGCUGCGGCUCAGCCUUGAACGUGACUACCACAGCCUGUGCGAGCGGCAGCCCAUCGGCCGCCUGCUGUUCCGCGAGUUCUGCGCCACGAGGCCCGAGCUGACCCGCUGCACUGCCUUCCUGGACGGGGUGGCUGAGUACGAAGUGACCCCUGAUGAGAAGCGGAAGGCGUGUGGGCGGCGGCUAAUGCAGGAUUUUCUGAGCCACACGGGUCCUGACCUCAUCCCCGAGGUGCCCCGGCAACUGGUGACUAACUGUGCACAGCAACUGGAGCAGGGGCCCUGCAAAGACCUCUUCCAGGAACUCACCCGGCUGACCCACGAGUACCUGAGCGUAGCCCCCUUUGCCGACUACCUCGACAGCAUCUACUUCAACCGUUUCCUGCAGUGGAAGUGGCUAGAAAGGCAGCCAGUGACCAAAAACACCUUCAGGCAGUACCGAGUGCUGGGCAAAGGCGGCUUUGGGGAGGUGUGUGCCUGCCAGGUGCGGGCCACAGGCAAGAUGUACGCCUGCAAGAAGCUGGAGAAGAAACGCAUCAAGAAGCGGAAAGGGGAAGCCAUGGCGCUCAACGAGAAGCAGAUCCUGGAGAAAGUGAACAGUAGGUUUGUAGUGAGCUUGGCCUAUGCCUAUGAGACCAAGGAUGCCCUGUGCCUGGUGCUGACGCUGAUGAACGGCGGCGACCUCAAGUUCCACAUCUACCACAUGGGCCAGGCUGGCUUCCCUGAGGCGCGCGCCGUCUUCUACGCCGCGGAAAUCUGCUGCGGCCUGGAGGACCUGCACCGGGAGCGCAUCGUGUACAGAGACCUGAAGCCAGAGAACAUUCUGCUGGAUGACCACGGCCACAUCCGCAUCUCUGACCUGGGCCUGGCUGUGCACGUGCCCGAGGGCCAGACCAUCAAAGGCCGCGUAGGCACCGUGGGCUACAUGGCUCCGGAGGUGGUGAAGAACGAACGGUACACGUUCAGCCCCGACUGGUGGGCGCUUGGCUGCCUCCUCUAUGAGAUGAUCGCCGGCCAGUCGCCCUUCCAGCAGAGGAAGAAGAAGAUCAAGCGGGAGGAGGUAGAACGGCUGGUGAGGGAAGUGCCCGAGGAGUACUCGGAGCGCUUCUCCCCGCAGGCCCGCUCGCUCUGCUCCCAGCUCCUCUGCAAAGACCCUGCCGAGCGCCUGGGCUGCCGCGGGGGUGCUGCCCGAGAGGUGAAGGAGCACCCCCUCUUCAAGAAGCUGAACUUCAAGCGGCUGGGAGCUGGCAUGCUGGAGCCGCCCUUCAAGCCUGACCCCCAGGCUAUUUAUUGCAAGGAUGUUCUGGACAUCGAACAGUUCUCCACAGUGAAGGGCGUGGAGCUGGAGCCCACAGACCAGGACUUCUACCAGAAGUUUGCCACAGGGAGUGUGCCCAUCCCCUGGCAGAACGAGAUGGUGGAGACGGAGUGCUUCCAGGAGCUCAAUGUCUUUGGGCUGGACGGCUCGGUUCCCCCAGACCUGGACUGGAAGGGCCAGCCACCGGCGCCCCCCAAAAAGGGCCUGCUGCAGAGACUCUUCAGUCGCCAGGAUUGCUGUGGGAACUGCAGCGACAGUGAAGAAGAGCCCCCCACCCGCCUCGAGCCCCCCACCCGCCUCUAGCCCCCAGCCAGAGGUCCCUACCGGCGGUUGGCGGUAGCAGCUACUCCGAGUGCUGUUUACAGUUUUGCACAGUGGUCUUCCCCAUUGUCCACUCAAGUCAUGGCCUGGGGAACACAGCCGGAGCUGUCCCCAGCGUCCGCCCCUCGGCCCCAGCCUGGCUGAGUCUGGCGAGGCCUGGGCCAUUCCUGGGACAAAGGUGCGUCCCCGGGGCUCUCCCACAGAGCUCGGGGCUGUCUGUAUUUAUGUCUCUGUACGAAUGUAUAUAGGAAGAGCGUUCUUAAUUCCCUCCCUGGACCGUGGCCUGGUCUCGGCUCCCCGGAGCAGACUGCCCUGGCUGGGAGAGCCGAGAGCUGGCAGAGGAGCCGAUGCCAAACUCGGGGCUCCUCAGGUCCAGCUGAGAUGGGCCAAGGCUGAGCCAGGCCUGACCCCAAGCCCCCAGCACCGCGCUGGGCACCACCGACCUCCAAGUGAGACUCGUGCCUACCCCUGCUGGCCCGGGCUCAGGCUGCCACCUUCUGGGACCCAACACUGUCCAUUCUCCAUGCUUGUCACAGCUGGGUCUGGGGCUCCUGUUGUCCCUUUCGGCCUGGGCCAAAAUGUGGCCAGUGACUGGGUGACUGUGGGACCCAUCAGUCCACUGCCCAAGCUGUCGCAUCGCAGACAGUCUACCACUGCCUUCCAGCUCCCUGGGCGCUGCUCUGUCCUGCAGACACCUCUGGCAGAAGCGCCCCAGCCUAGACUGCAGGAGGAGGCGGGGUGGCCUGGCUGACCCUGACAUUCCGAACUCCCCUCAUAACUGUAGACACACGUGCCCAGCAAUAAUCCGCCUCUGUGUGUGUGUGUGUGUGUGUGUGUGUGUCGAUGUGUGUGUGCUGGGCUAGGGUGAGGCUGUGCCUGCGCCCAGGCCCCAGCCCAGGCCCUUCCCAGACUGUGAUGGCCUACCUGGUCCCAGUGUUAGGGUAGAUGGGAUGACAGGGCCUUGGUUUUUCCAUAUUUAAAGCCAAUUUUUAUUACUCCUUUUGUCCAAUGUUAAGCUGCCACGUGUCUCUGUGUGAAUACAGUCCGAGCACAAACCUG